CCCUUUCCUCCUCCAGGUCUAGGUCGCACAGGUGUCCUAAUAGCCUGUUACCUAGUCUACUCCCUCCGCAUCAGAGCCAAUGAUGCCAUCCGCCUAGUUCGUAAGAAGAGACCUAAGUCAGUCCAGACUUCUGGUCAGAUCCUCUGCGUACAGCAGUUUGAGCACUACAUGCUGCCACAGACUAUUGUUUUUAGUUCCAAAGAAACCCUAAACUUGACCAAAGAUAAGAAGACAUCAGAGUUCACGCUGAAACAGUAUCUGUACCGACAGCGAGCUACGUUACACGGCCUUGAGGAGAGAGCUUUUAGGGAACUGCCAAAGAUAGUAUACUGCCUCUGUGAGCGUCUUUUGAAGCUGUGUGGAUGUCAUCAGAGCGUGGGCAUGGACUUCCGUAUCAAGAACAAGCCUUUCUACAAAUCCUUCAUGGUGUACAAGUUAAGGAAGACGAAGCCACCAGACCCAACUACUCCUGAGGAAGCAGCUACUGAACUUGACCAGGUAACAGCUCUGCCAAUGGUGGAAUGGCGAGACCCAGUAGAAGAAGAUAUCGAGAGGAACCUGGAGUCGGUUAGCAGGAUCACUGGCACUGCCAACAAUGGGAGUAUACCUGCACUGCAGAUACAUGAGGCGUUCACAGUAGACCACCACAGUCUUCCAGAAGAGAGGCAGAAGUAUUUGAAGCAGUUGAGAAAUGAUAUAAACCAGCAGAGGGAUGCGUUUGAUAAGAUCAAUGUUGAGGAGGAUCCCACAAUCUUGACCGGUCUACUGUUCGAGUGGCUGGAAGGUCUGAAGCAGCCAGUACUGGACCGAGAGGACCUCUCCCUCAUCGUGGGAAGAGCAUACAAUGUGGAAUCGUGUGCUCUGGCGUUGACAAUGGAGGACAUAAUGCUAAUAGAGUAUCUCCUUCGCUUCGUGACUCGACUCCGGCCGCUGGCUGCCAACAAGAAGGUGGACAUCCUCAAACGUCUGCUCGCGUCCCUCACGCACCAGACUGUCAGCGUCAAUGGACGAUGUCUUCCUACACGAAAGGACUUCCAAAGACUACGAGACGGUACUUGCAGCCAGGUGAUCAACUUCAUGCUGCGCAUGAUAAUGGAGCUGCAGAAAGAUAUGGUGAAGCCAGGCAGGGAUGACGCUGACGUGGUCGUACCCCAACGGCCCCAACGGUUCAGAAUAAAAGCUUGGAAAUAA